AUGGUUUCCACGCUCUACGCCAGGAAACGCCUUCGCCAGCUCUCACCAAUGUCCCCCCCGAUAAUCCCGGUGAACUCACAGAGCAUCAAGUCUAGCCUAAUCCCACCUCUACCCAUGACUCCGCCGGAUCCCGAAGUCGAUUCCAUACCAUCGGCCGUGCCUCAUCCUGCAUCGAUAGAGACCGCAAUCCAUGUCAUUUCUACGGAACGGGCCGCCCUCGAGAACCUUGAGCGAGUCUACACCACCAACGACCUAGCGCGGAAUAACAUGGAGCGUGCUGUGGAACAGAUUGCCAGCACGAUCAAUGCCGGAUCGAAGUUGAUCGUAUGUGGAGUUGGAAAGAGCGGGAAAAUAGGCCAAAAGGUUGUUGCGACUAUGAACAGCCUAGGAAUCUAUUGUACGUUCCUGCAUCCAACGGAAGCGCUACAUGGAGACCUUGGCAUGGUGAGACCGACGGACACGGUCCUGUUCAUCACAUACUCCGGAAAAACAUCCGAACUAUUACUCGUCCUUCCACAUCUCCCUUCAACAACGGCUGUGAUAGUCAUCACGGCACAUAAACAGCGGUCGUCAUGUGCACUAUUAGCUGGCUCUAGCAGUGCAAAUACGAUACUACUUCCUUCACCGAUUCACGAACCCGAAGAGGUAUCUUUCGGCGUUUGUGCUCCUACUAGCUCGACCACUGUUGCUCUAGCAGUUGGCGAUGCAUUAGCUCUCGCAGUAGCACGGCGGCUUCACACAACACCCGGCCGAGGCCCGGCCGAGGUUUUCAAAAGUUACCACCCAGGUGGCGCGAUUGGAGCAGCAGCUGCGGCUGCUUCAUCGUCUAUGUCCGGCACCACAACCCCUCUUACUUCUAUAUCGGCUACAUCAUCACGGUCGAUGUCCCUCGCCGGUCUCCAGGAUGAACCGGAGCCGACCACACCAACAGCCCAAGGGACUUCCGCACAGCGAGUAGCGAACCUCGCUACACCUCUCCAUUUAAUUCCCACUGCCUCGCCAAAGCCUGAGUAUCCACUACGCGUCGUCGACGUGAUGCGUGCUGCUCUUCGUGGUUCUACAUCUAAAUCAUGGGCGUUUAUACACCCUAGCUGCAUCCUUUCGCCUCGCCAAAUCCGGACUUUGGUUGCACGUAAUGAUCCGGAUGAUAGUAUCGAUGAUAUCGACCGAGAGGUCCCUAUUGGGUACGAUAGCGCAGAAUGGAUACGAGUACCCGAUACCUGCACAGUUGGUGACGUCCGACGGAUUCUCGACCAAGACAAGCAAUCCAAUGACGUCAGCAAACUGAUGUCAACCCCUACUACAAAACGAGAUUCAGACGGCAAUACAGUACACCGCCGAGGACGUAUAAUUGGUGUUGUCAACGAGGCAACCGACAAAAUUAUCGGUUUUAUUGAAGAGGAAGACCUACGAAAUGACGACUACUUCGUGAAAUGA